CACUUCGGAAAAGGACAGUAUAACGGCUUUGAUGCCUUCUCGCAGCUAACGAUAAGAGCAACUUUGUCUUGACAACUAUGCCCUUUAAUCUAGUAACUAGUAGCCUGCGGAACAUUGAGCGCAAGGUACUCGGGGGUAUUUGCGGUCCAUUCACACGAAAUAGGCCAUUUGGCAUAAUUAAGUUUCCCCACCUAAACAAUGAGGACAAUUACCUACUAACCACUAUUCCCGCUCGCAUUCUCCUGCUCUUCGCUGUUAAUAAUCUGCCGACAACUCGACCACUUCUCAUCCACGUAGUUAAUUUUCGCAGAUAGCCGGCGGUAUGAUUCCACGGAUACAUUGAUUGUCUUCCCCAUUUCAUCUUCCAUGAUGUUUGCGACGAGAGUUGCGCCUCGGAGCGCUCCGAUACGAACGUUGGCCCUGCCCCACACAUCACUCCGUAGCUACACUUUCAUAGCUCGUGCGAGAACUCAGGCUCGGUGUCUAAAUCGGAGCAGCACGCCGCUUCAGGUAUCUCACGUGCCAGCUCGUACAUUCAUUCGUGAUGGGAAGGGUUUGGAUGCGGCCUCUCGGAAAGCGCCGCGGUUUGCUUUCGCUUUUGACAUUGAUGGCGUCUUACUACAUGUCGCGAAGCCUAUCCCAGGCGCGACAGAGACGCUGGAGUACCUACAACGUCACGACAUUCCCUUCAUUCUGUUGACAAAUGGAGGUGGUAAGCAUGAGCACGAGCGCGUCGAAGAGCUGAGCGCGCGUCUCGGCGUGCCGCUGUCGACAGAAAACUUCGUGCAGUCUCACACGCCCUUCCAGGAGCUUGUCAGCACGUCUUGGAGCCAUGACAACCUCGAUAGGCACAUCCAAAAGGAACUUCUUGAGGGCGACUUGAAGUCUGGUUUGGCCGACAAGAACAUCCUCAUCACGGGAUCCGACCCGGCGAAGUCGCGCCUCAUAGCCGAGGCCUACGGCUUCCGGUCCGUCAUCACACCGGCUGACAUCGCAGUCGCGCACCCGACCGUAUUUCCCUUCGAGUUGCAGCUCAAAGACUACUACGCGGCCACCGCGCGGCCCUUACCGUCCCCAAAUCCCAAGAUAGACGCCAUUUUCGUGUUCAACGACCCGCGGGACUGGGCCGUCGACAUCCAAGUCAUUGUCGACCUGCUCUUGUCGCAGAACGGGGUCCUGGGGACAUACUCGCCCAAGAACGGGCGUGCCGAGCACGAGAACCACGGCUGGCAGACAGACGGGCAGCCGCACCUAUACUUCAGCAACCACGACCUCUUCUGGAGCGCUGCGUACCACCUCCCGCGGUUCGGGCAGGGCGCCUUCCAGGCCGCGCUCGCGGGCAUCUGGAGGCAGAUCACGGGCGGUAAGGCCGAGAUGAGGCGCACGACGAUCGGCAAGCCUUAUCCGAGAACGUACGAGUUCGCCGAGACGGUGCUGGCGCAGUGGCGGGCGGCGUUGCUGAAGAAGAGCGGGCGCGCGGACGCCGCGGACGAAGCGGCGCCUUUAGCGCGCGUGUAUAUGGUGGGGGAUAACCCCGAGAGCGAUAUCCGCGGCGCCAACGAGUACGAUAGUCCGCAUGGCACCGAGUGGUCUUCGAUCCUCGUGCGCACGGGCGUCUGGAGCCAAGCGCGCGAUGGCGAGCCAAAGUAUCGGCCUACGGCCAUAGCGGACGAUGCGAAGGCCGCGGUGCAGUGGGCGCUGGAGCGCGAGGGAUGGCGGUGAGGAGGGUUUGUAUGGGGGUGGUUUAGGGG